AGCCAGCUUAUCAGAGGCAGGAUGCCAGAGCUGUAUAAACAGAGUCCGUAAAUUGCAUAAGGGUUGUCGAAGCAGACCAAGGCCAGUCUUCCCAGAAAGCAAAUUAGACAGCAGCAAGUCUCGGGGAACUCACUGAAGCCAUGCUGAAGGGCCUCUCCCCCAUACUCUUACACACUGCCAGUCCUACAUCACGCCUGCAACAUCUGCUUCAUGUCUCCUCUGGUGAUGUUCCUCCUUCCUCUGCAAGGUGCUGAGCUCUGAGGCAUGCUGACCUGCAUCGGGCCUUUUCUUCAAGACAACACCAUGCCUGCACCAACUGUAUUGUGUUGAGUGAAGAUGUGGAUGGUCCAGAAAGUAAUGGUGCUUUCUUCAGCAAAGACUUCCCUUGCUAAUUGAGACAUGUUCUCCUUAAGCAUGCCUAUACGUUUUAUGCUAUGUAAGGUUAAAGUAGCUUCAAUUCUUUCACCUUCAUCAGAGCUAUCAAAUUGCCGUAUUGUUGGGAAUUCAUUGGUAGCAGUAAAUUUUACGAUGUCUGAAAAAGACUUGUUGGCAACAUUAAUAGCUGCCUGCUUACCUUUUGUUUAACGUUGUCAAACGUCAGUUAUCACUUAAUAAUAAUAAUAAAAUAACAUUCAAUUUAUAUACUGCUCUUUAGGACAACUUAACGCCCACUCAGAGUGGUUUACAAAGUAUGUCAUUAUUAUCCCCACAACAACCACCUUGUGAGGUGGGUGGGGCUGACUCAAGGUCACCCAGCUAGCUUCAAGGAAUGGGGAUUCAAACCCAGUUCUCCAGAUUCGAGUCCCACACUCUUAACCACUGCACCAAACUGGCUCUCAUGAUAUUACACAUAAUUCCUGGUCGAGUCUAUUAGGAUCCUGAACACCUGAGUCUUUUUAUGGUCAAAAGGGCGUGGAGCAACUCUGGCAUUUGAGCAGAGCUUCGGUUAAUGACUUUGUGAAGAUUGCAGCCAGGAGGGCUACUCCCAGCGGUGAGUGCCCUGGGCAACCGCUGCCUAGACCCAGGGAACUUAGUUUGAUAUUAAACAGGAUCAUUCAUCCAGGCGACUGGCAGGCAUGUCAGAGAGGCUUCUGUGGAAGGGUAUCGGCUGCAUGAAAAUUUCAUAUAGUGUAGAAAUAGAAGCACAUUAGUUCUUAAAUAAUUGUUGGACUAAAAAAACUGUUUGAAGAAGCAAUAACAGAUUUGGUCCCUGCAGCAUUGAUAGGCAGUAACUGAAUCCUACUGAUCCAAAUGGAUCAAAUUCCUAAAGGACUGCAAAGAUUACCGCCCCCCCACACACACACACAAACAAGAAUUCCUGCAAGCCUGCUUUGAUACCCUUCUCCAUGACCAUAAAUGGUUCUUAUUCUCUGCAAAAAUGCCGGGACCAUUAUAAUUUCCUCUUAAUUGAUGGUUUCUAUUCCAAUAACAAGCAAACAAAUAAAGGUUUCCCACGGUUACUGAGCACCUGCCGCUUACGUAAUUCCCUAUAGUUCGUUUGGGUAGCCUGUGAAAAGACCCUCCAGAAAUUCAAGUGUACAGAAUGCAGAGAGACAACUCCAUGCGAAGACUGUUCUGUGAUCACAAAAUUUCCAGGCCCUUGCCCGGAUUUGUGUCCAAUUUGCCAAAAUUUUGGACUAUUUUCCUGCUUUUUCUGUUCUGUUUUUUUUAAAAUAUAUUAUCUGUUGUAUUUUAAGGCUUUACAAGUGGAUUCCGGUUCUCCAGAAAACCUGCUUCAUUCCAGUAACUUCUGUUCAUGGUUGCCCGGUCCCAGGUUUGCUUGUUUAUGAACCAACAUUAUUAAAUCUGCUCUCUCCUGCUCUAUUUUCGCUUGCCCAAAAGUACAACUGAGGAUUCUAGAAAGAAAGGAGUCUAAUGUAUAGACUUGAGCAAAUAGCUCUUUAUUAUUAUUGCCUUCAAAACUAAUUAACAUUUAAGAUUCUGGGUUUUUUAAAAUUUCUGGCUGGAAUUUGAAAGCAUUAUCAGUUUUUUAAUACUGAGUUUUAAAAAAUUAUUUUGAUCUAAUUAGAUACUAUUGCGAAUAAAAAUAGAAGUUUACGGGUAGAUCCUUAGAUCUAUCAGUAGAUUAUUGUUUCUAAGCAGCUAGCAAAGGCUCUUGGAUUUUGCUGGAUUUCAGUAUUGAAGCUUUUUACAACUGAGUGGAUCCAGCAGAGGGGGAGGCUCAGAAAAACAUUGUUCCAAGAGUCCUGGUCUUCCAAUAUGGCAUUCGAUGAUGUCUUGGAGUCUAUCGGGGGAGUCGGACGUUUCCAAAUCUUCCAAGUCAUCUUCCUAGUGAUCCCAGUCUGCCUCAUUGCUUGCCACAACUUCCUCCAAAACUUCACUGCUGCUGUACCAGACUACCACUGUAAACCUUCAAUUCAGAACAACCAGAGCUUUAAUAUUACUGCCAAAGAGGAAAUCCUACUAAAGGCAUUCAUCCCCAUGAGCCAAAAUCAGAAGCCAGAGAAGUGUCUCCAGUUUGCCACAAUUCAGUGGCACCUCUUAAAUCCAAACACCACCAUCACUGAGAAUGUCACGGAGAUCCAUACCCAACCCUGUGUUGGUGGGUGGGUGUUCGACACGAGUAUUUUUGAGUCUACCAUUGUCUCAGAGUGGGAUUUAGUAUGUGACCUACAGACACUGAGAGAUGUCGCUCAGUCCAUUUAUAUGGCUGGAGUGCUAGCAGGAGCUGUUGUGUUUGGAGUCUUAUCAGACAGGUUUGGCCGGCGCAUCCCCUUAAUCUCAUCAUACCUGCAAAUUGCCAUUACUGGCACCAGCACGGCUUUCUUGCCCUCCUUCAGCAGCUACUGUGUGUUCCGCUUUAUGGCUGGCAUGACGUUUUCAGGAAUUAUACUAAAUUCUUUCUCUUUGAUUCUGGAAUGGACACCCACCAAAGGCCGGACAGUGGCAGGUGCCUGCUUGGGUUAUUUUGUCACUUUUGGACAGAUAAUCCUGGCAGGGGUUGCAUACAAGAUCAGGAACUGGCGCUGGCUUCAACUUGCUGUCUCCGUUCCUUUCUUCAUCAUCUUUUUAUGUUCAUGGAAACUCCCAGAAUCACCACGCUGGCUCCUCCUCCACGAUAAGUCUCACAUGGCCGUCAGGAACCUGAAAAAAGUAGCUGUGAUAAAUGGCAAAAAGAAGGAAGGAGAAAAAAUCACUGAAGAGCUAUUGAAUUCCUACAUGCAAAUGGAAGCAACCAAAUUAAAAUCCAGCCACACCAUCUUUGACCUCUUCCGCACUCCAGCCUUGCGGAGAAUCACUUGCUGCCUCAUGGUCAUCUGGUUUUCCAGCUCCUUUUCCUAUUAUGGCUUAGCAAUGGAUGUGCAGAAAUUUGGGUUGAACAUCUUCAUAGUGCAGGCGAUAUUUGGAGCCCUUGACCUUCCUGCCGUGAUGCUCUUCACCGUCAUCAUGAUCUUCCUUGGCCGCCGCAUUGCCAUAGCUGGCUCUUUUACUGUUGGCGGGCUUAUGGUGCUUGUCAACACGUUUGUGCCGGAAGAACUGCAAACCUUGCGCACAGCACAGGCAGCACUUGGGAAGGGGUGCCUGGCCAGUUCAUUUAUUGGUGCAUAUCAGUAUGCUGGAGAACUCUAUCCUACAGAAAUUAGGCAAACAGGCGUGGGUUUUGUUUCAAUGCAAGCUCGUAUUGGUGCCAUAGUAGCACCUCUUGUUUACCUGCUUAGAGAUUCCUUUCCCAUCCUGCCAUCGCUGAUAUUUGGAGCUGCUCCCCUUCUUGCAGGAGUCGCCACUUGCUUCCUAAUGGAAACAAGAGAAUCACCCCUCCUGGAAACCAUUGCUGAGAUGGAACGCCGGGCAAGAAAAGAACCACUGACAGAAGAAGAAAUUUCUCUCCAGCAGCUCGAAGCGGCUCAUCUGAACGAGUCUGUUUAGUUUGUUCUGCAUCACUUCUCAAUGGAAGGUGGAACACUUAUGCUUAAGCUCAGGGCUUUUUUUCUGGGAAACGAAGUGGUGGAACUCAGUAGUAGAACUCAGGAAUGCACAAUGAUGUCACUUUGGGUCAGCUGGAACAAGGGGGGAGUUUUUUAAAGUUUAAACUGCCUUCGGCGAAAAUGGUCACAUGGCCAGUGGCCCUGCCCCCUGAUCU